AUGGAGUCAAUAGAAGCAUCCUUGGGUCAGCGGCUAGCCCGAAUUGGGCUGGGAGAAGGUUCUGCUCUUCUUCACCCAGACAGCAGGUCCCACCCUCGGUCCUUGGAGAAGAGUGCGUGGAGGGCUUUCAAGGAGUCACAGUGUCAUCACAUGCUGAAACACCUUCACAAUGGAGCUCGGAUCACUGUGCAGAUGCCUCCCAAUAUUGAGGGCCACUGGGUCUCUACUGGCUGCGAAGUUCGAGCAGGCCCAGAGUUCAUCACAAGAUCUUACAGGUUCUACCACAAUAAUACUUUCAAGGCCUACCAGUUCUAUUAUGGUGGCAAUCGCUGCACAAACCCCAUCUACACGUUAGUUAUACGUGGCAAAAUACGCCUCCGGCAGGCGUCCUGGAUCAUCCGAGGGGGCACUGAAGCGGACUAUCAGCUACGCAACAUACAGAUCAUAUGCCACAACGAAGCAGUAGCCAAAAGAUUAAGCGAAUUGGUGAACCACACGUGUCCUGGAUUUAUCCCAGAAGACAGCCCCUGGGAGCAGGAUGUGAGUUACGAUUUGCUGAGAGAAGAGAAUGGCUGUGAAUGCACCAAAGCUCUGAAUUUUGCCAUGCACGAACUCCAGCUGAUCCGUGUGGAGAAGCAGUACCUGCACCACAAUUUAGACCACCUUGUGGAGGAGCUAUUCCUUGGAGACAUUCACACUGAUGCUGCUCAGAGGAGGUACUAUCGGCCCUCUAGUUAUCAACCUCCCCUUCAAAAUGCCAAGAACCACGACCGCACGUGCAUCGCGUGCAGAAUCAUCUACCGGUCGGACGAGCACCACCCUCCCAUCUUGCCCCCCAAGGCGGAUCUGACCAUCGGGCUGCACGGGGAGUGGGUGAGCCAGCGCUGCGAGGUGCGACCAGAGGUUCUCUUCCUUACUCGGCACUUCAUCUUCCAUGACAACAACAACACCUGGGAGGGUCACUACUACCACUACUCUGACCCCAUCUGCAAGCACCCCACCUUCACCAUCUACGCCAAGGGACGCUACAGCCGGGGAGUCCACUCCUCCAAAGUGAUGGGUGGCACAGAGUUUGUGUUUAAAGUGAAUCACAUGAAGGUCACUCCGAUGGAUAUAUCCACAGCCUCGCUGCUCAAUGUCUUCAACGGGAACGAGUGCGGAGCACAGGGAUCCUGGCAAGUUGGGGUACAGCAAGAUGUCACCCACACGAACGGCUGCAUUGCCCUUGGCAUCCGCCUACCUCACACCGAGUACGAAAUCUUCAAAAUGGAGCAGGAUGCCCGAGGCAGGUACUUGCUGUACAACGGGCAGAGGCCGAGCGACGGGUCCAGCCCCGACCGACCGGAGAAGAGAGCCACUUCCUACCAGACGCCUCUAAUUCAGUGCGCCUCAUCAGUACCCAGGUCCGAAGAGUCACCAGAGGAGAAUAAAAUAAGGCUGUAUAGCAGCAGGGCACCGGAAAAAUAUCCCAGUGCCCCAGCUCUUGCUUUGUUGUUUAUUUGUACUGUGUCAUAUUGGGACAUUCUCAGCUAGAAGUGAAAACAACUUAUUUUUCGUGACUACAAAGCCAGGAUUCCACCAGACUGGGGGUUGUUUUUCUUCCAAAAGAAAGGGACAUUUAUUUUCUUGAUGCACUUGAAUGCCUGAGAACUGUUGUUCUUUUCCUUACUUCCCCCUUCCUCCUCGAAUCCCGAACGGCACUCGUUUGAUGUUUGUGCUUUGAACUUCAUCCAGUCUGAUCCCUGGCCUGACAUGACUGCACAAAAGUAAUUGCACUUUAGGACUGCAGACUUCUGGGGGGAGGGAGGGGGUCUCCUUUUAUUUUAUUUUUCUUUUAACUGCUGGGAUGAACAUUUAUGAUCCUGCUUCAGUUGUCUCUGCCAUCCUGCCAUUGUGGUGCUCUUCUCCCCAACGCCUGGGUUCUCAUCAGAAUGUAGCUCUGGGGAAGGGUUCGGUGUUGUGCCAGUACUGUGAUAGCAGCUUCCCCCUCUGACUUCACAGCUCUGAUGUAGAUAUGUAUAUAAGGAGGAAACCCACAAAGAUUUAUCUUGCCAUUAUCUCACAGCUCAUAAUACAAAAAGCAUCAGCAGAUCAACAGCCCUCUGUUCCAAAAGUGCUAAAUGGUUAACACCUUUAAUUAAAAGAAAGAAAAAAGAAUAUUCCAAGUAAUUUAA